CGGUCUAAGGUUCCCUGAAUUGUGCAAACGAAAUAAUGGCGUUUGCGUGUCCCCUGGGCAAUUCAUAAACGCUUUGUUAUUUCCUUACAAUACCAAGGCGCUCUUCAUUUUUUACACGAUGAAUUUUUAAUUAUUCCCGAAUUUCCUUAUCUUAAAGACGAUUUUGGGAAAAAAAUGGGGGCUAGUGACGAUGACUCUCCUUUGUCAGUAGAAGAAGUGACACAAAAAGACGAUACUGAAAUAAAUGAUUCUAAAUCAGAUAAAAAAAUUAAGAAGCUGAAGAAGAAAAAGCAUAAACACAAGCAUAAAAGACACUCCAAUAGUGAAAAACAUGAAAAGAAAAAGAAGCACAAGCACAAACGAAAAUCAGAAAAUGGUGAUGUCAAAAUCAAACACAAAUCCUCGUCUAAAGAGGAGAAAGAAGAAGGCGAGAACAACGGAGGCGAAAAUGGUACAAACAAUAUAGUGAAUUCAAAGCCGUUGAUGAAUGGAAAAAAAGAGGCGAACAACCAAGUGGUGUCAGCCACUUCUGAAAACAACAUCAAACCUUUAAAAGACGAUGACAGUGACAGUGUUGAAGUCACUGUUAUAGAAGAAGAAAUGAAUUUGGAAGAUUUAAUGAGGCAAAAGGCGCUGCUUCAAGCAAGGCUAGGUGCUUAUAUGUCGGAUUCUGAUAAUAGUGUUAAAGAAGAAGGUGAAGUUAUCAACUUGACUGGUGAAUAUAACCAUAGUGCACCAACAGAACCUAAAAAGAGAAGAAUAGAGAGCAGGAGUAGAAGCCAAGAGAGGAAACUGAGUAAAGAUAAUUUAAAUGAUAAACACAAAGAAAAAUAUUCAGGUGCAGUUAGUAAGCAUAAAAAGAAAGAAGAGGAAAAGAAGAGAGACCAGAAAAAGAGGGAUGAUGAAGAAAAAAGAUGGAAGGAAGAUGAAAUCCGACGAGAAGAGGAGGCUAGAAGAAGGGAAGAUGAGUUAAGAAGAAAAGAAGAAGAAAGAAGAAGAGAAGAAAGAAGAAAAUCAGACCAAAAGAGGCAGGAAGAAAGAAAUAGGAGGGAAGAAUUAAGGCGUAGAAGCCUUUCCAGGAGAAGAAGUUGUUCUCGUAGUAGAGAUCGUAGGGACGAUAGAGACAGGCGAAUUGACAGGAGGCGUGAUGACGACAGGGAUAUUCGUGAUAGGAGGCGGGACGAUUCGAGAGAUAGAAGAAGAGACGAUAUUAGAAGACGAAGCAGGGACAGAGAUCGUAGGAGUAGGUCUCCUCAAGGAAGAGAUAGAGACAGGAGACCAUACAGAUAUGAUUCAAGGCGUUCUCACAGUAGAGAUAGAAAUUAUUCUAGAUCCCACAAAAGCCGAACAGUCAAAGAUAAAUUUAAGGAUAGCUUAUCAGAGGGUCAAAUAAGAGAUGCCAAUUCUUCUUCCUCCGAGGAUGACCUUACUAACAUUAACAUUGUGGAAGAUGAAGAAGAUGAAGAAGAAAUCAUCGAGAAGAGAAGAAAGCAAAGAGAAGAACUUAUUAAGAGAUUGGGAGCUGUAAGUGAAGAUUCAAACCUAACAGUGUCACAGGCAGCAAGCCCUGUUAUUGCUGUAAUUGAAAACGAUGUGGAGGCUCCUAAAAAAAGGAAAUCUAGGUUUGAACCAGAAGCUAAUUCUGAUGCCAACUUGCCCCCUCCAAAAGAAAGUCCACCCCCAGCCAAACCAGACAAAUGGGAUAUGUUUGCAGAAGCUGAUACACCUGUAGAAUAUAAUAGCCCUGGAGUUGUUGAUAAAAGUGCUGGGGCUGAAAAUCCAUCGCUGACUGAUAAUUGGGAUGAUGCCGAGGGUUAUUAUAGAGUCAGAAUCGGUGAAAAUCUCGAUUCUCGUUAUAUAGUUUAUGGAUACACUGGUCAAGGAGUUUUCUCCAAUGUCGUCAGAGCUCGGGACAGCAUUCGAAAUAACCAAGACGUAGCUGUGAAAAUCAUAAGAAAUAAUGAAAUAAUGCACAAAACUGGUUUAAAAGAAUUAGAUGUAUUGAAAAGGUUAAAUGAUGCAGAUCCUGAAGACAAGUUCCAUUGUUUAAGACUUUUUAGACAUUUUUUUCACAAACAACAUCUUUGCCUUGUAUUCGAACCUCUUAGUAUGAAUUUGAGAGAAGUCUUAAAGAAGUAUGGUAAGGAUGUUGGUUUGCAUGUAAAAGCUGUCAGAUCUUAUAGCCAACAACUUUUCUUUGCCUUGAAGUUGCUCAAGAAAGCGAAUAUUUUACAUGCAGAUAUAAAACCAGAUAAUAUUUUGGUGAAUGAAAGCAAAUUGAUAUUGAAACUUUGUGACUUUGGUUCAGCAUCACAUGUAGCGGACAACGAAAUAACACCUUACCUUGUUAGUAGGUUUUACAGGGCUCCAGAAAUAAUCCUCGGAAUUCCUUAUGACUUUGGAAUUGAUAUGUGGUCUGCUGGGUGUACAAUUUAUGAAUUAUACACUGGUAAAAUUAUGUUCCCGGGCAAAUCCAAUAACCAGAUGUUAAAACUUUUUAUGGACCUGAAAGGCAAAAUGCCUAAUAAACUUAUCAGAAAAGGAGCGUUUAAGGAUCAACAUUUUGAUGUAAAUUGUAAUUUUUUAUCCCAUGAGGUAGACAAAGUCACAGAGAGGGAGAAGGUGGUUGUAAUGUCGACUAUUAUUGCUACAAGAGAAUUACAUUCUGAACUGGUGGGUAACCAACAUUUGCCUGAAGACCAGGCAAGGAAGGUGAACCAGUUGAAGGAUUUGCUCGACCGCGUUCUUAUGCUAGAUUCGAGCAAAAGGAUCGCCCUCAAUCAGGCUUUAACACAUCCUUUUAUACAAGAAAAAAUAUGAACCUCGUAGGAGGUAACAGUGAAACCACAAUUUCGAGUAAUUGUGUGAGGCAAUGUUCAUUGUUCGAGACUUGAGAAUUCUCAUGCGUGUGUUGCCUGGCGCACAGGUUUUACAGAAAGGGGCUAAUUUUAAGGUUAUAACCCUGACCCAAAAUAAUUGUAAUUAUUAUUAAUAAUGACUUCAAUAUUAUCGCUCCUUUUGUCAUAUCAUUUAUUAAAAAUCACCUUUUAUAACUCAUUUUUAAAGUAUCAUACAGAGAAAAAUCAAAAGUAAUAUUUUAUAUUUUAAAGUAGUAAGAGUUAUGGAAGGUAGUGAUACACUUAUUAACAAUAGUUAUCAUACUAUUUUUGCAUGAUCAAAAUAAAUUAAAUUAAAUUACUUCCAUGGUUUUUGCUUUAGUUUUUCCAGUAGAAUCACAAUUUGAAUAACUUUACAUUAAUAAAGAAACAAAUUGCUAAAACAAAACAAAAAAGCUAUUUUUUAAACUUAUUUUAUACAAUUUUAACUAAAACAAUUUGUUCCGUUGGGGUUCACAGGAGAGCGGUUGGUCUAAAUGCUGAGCCACCGCCCCAGCAAUUAUUAGUCAAGUCCAGUACCACCUUGCUGUAGGUAAUUUA